AUGACAAACUUUCGACCUCAUCCACUGCCUUUCACAAGCAAAGACCCACGUAUGCAAGAUCCCAAAGGUGAACACGUCGACGGCGGUGACACAAACCUCAACCACUUUUCAGAAGCUGUGUUCUCUUGCCCAGUUGUGGUGGCAACCGAGCCAGCCUACGCUCUUGCAAGACAAAUAAAGAAAAUGAGACAGAAGAGGGCCGACAAGAAGGCGGCGGAGGAGAAAAUGUCUACUGAAAAUGCUAAGAAGGAGAAAUGGCAUGGUGAUGAUAACAAGUAG